AUGAAGGGUUUCGUUGGCGGUAUUCCCCUGGCCCUGCUAGUGGCCGCUCUCCAGGUCCAGGCCGUGGAGAGCUCAACCGGUAAUGGUAUGAGCCAGAACAACUUCCACCAGCGCCGGACUGCCGGCUUUGGGCCUCAGGUGGGUGGCACCGCUCUGGGCGGACCAUCCGGCAAUGAUGGCGAUGGCAGCACCGCAUGGCCCUACAGCGCUGAGGUUAAUACGAAGAGCAAUGUCAAUGAGUUCAACAAGGAUGACCACUCCAUCAAGAUCCACAACAAGGAGAUUCACGCUCCACCUCCACCCAUUCCCUAUGGCCCUGCCCUGGGUCCCGGAGCUGGUCCCUUUGCGCAUGGCUUCGGUCCUGCUCUCGGCCCUGGCGCCGGUCCAUUCCCCAAGCGUGGCUGGCCCGCUGGUGGCACCGCUGAGGGUGGUCCCUCUGGCAAUGACGAGGGACAGGUCUUUAACAUGCCCAUCACUGGCAACUUCAAGACCGAUGUCAAUGACUACAACAAGGAUGAUCACUCUAUCUCAGUGAAGAACAAGGAUAUCCACCCUGCUCCUAUCAUUCUGCCCCCUCCUCACCCUCACUUCGGUGGUCCUGGUGGUCCUCCUGGUGGUUUCCGCGAGGCCAAGGAUGCUGAUCACUUCCACAUUCCUGCUGGUGCAUUCGCUAAGCGCUUCGCUCCCGGUGGUACUGCCCUUGGCGGUCCUGGUGGCGGCAGCUUCCACGGUCCUCCUGGGCCUUUCGUUCCUGGAGGCACUGCUCUUGGUGGACCCUCUGGCGAUGAUGAUGGCGGCGACCUCAACUUCGGAAAGAGUGCCCACAUUCACACCAACGUCAACGAGGCCAGCAAGGAUGAUCACUCAAUCGAUAUCAAGCACAAAGACAUCUACGCACCUCCUUUCGGUGUCCCCUUCAAGCGCGAUUUCUACCCUCAGGCUGGUGGAACUGCUUUGGGCGGCCCUUCUGGUAACGACGGUGGUCAGGAGUUCAACAUGCCCAUCACCAUUGACACUGAUACUGCUGUCAACGAGUCCUACGAGGAUGACCACUCUAUUGACUUGAAGCACAAGGAUGUCUACGCCCCUCCUCCUUUCCCCAUCGGCGGCGGUCCCGGACCGUUUGAGCCCGAGGCCGGUGCUCCUUUCCGUCGUGCUUACGCACCUAGUCGUGAGGAGGGCAGCGAUGAUGACUUCCUUCCGGUCGCCGGUGGCACCGCCCUGGGUGGUCCAUCUGGUGACGACUCUGAUGGUGAUUUCAACGACCCUACCGACGUUGGCGUUGACACCAACGUCAAUGAGAACCACCAGGACAACCACGCUAUCAAGCUUGAUACCACCACUGUUCACCGACCCGAGUGGGAGGUCCCUGUAGCCCAUGUCCAAGAGGUCCAGGAGGUUCCCCAAAUGCCCUGGAUGACCUACGAGGAUCAGCAGCAUGCUGCCGGUUCUCCCGUUCCUGUUAACCAGGUCGCCACUUUUGAUGCCUCCGGACCUGCUCCCCCAACCGACCGUGAUGAGCACGAGCAGUCUGCUCAGUGUGACGCCGCUCAUGAGGUCGUACGUACUGUGACCAAGACCCAGUACAAGCAGGUUGCGGCCACCAAGACAGUCUACCAGCAGGCCCCUGUUGUUUCUCAGGCUGUUGAGACCAGUGCCAUUCCCAUCAACCACAUUGAGGUUGACCCGAAGAUCAUGUCCUCUCCUGUGCACGGCUCGCAGUUUGCUUCUGCUCCUGCUCCCGCUGCUCAUUCCUACGCUCCUUAUGAAAGCUACAACUACAAGUCCCAGGCCCCCAUGAGCUCUCCUGUCGCCAUGUACUCCAUGAUUCCUGUCCAAGUUCCUGUCGCUAGUUCCAGCUACAUGGGCUCAAUGGCCACUCCCGCCGCCAGCAUGGGCCUCAACAUGCCAAGUGGCGUCUCUCCUGAGAACAGCGCCAAGGCCUCUGCCUCUGCCUAUCCUUCUUCACACAGCCCCUUCUUCACUGGUGCUGCUACUCGUGUCUCUGGUGGUCUUGUCUCCGCUGCUGCCGCCGUUGUCGGUGUCCUUGCUUUCGUUCUGUAG